AAAUCGGUUGAUACCAACAGAGAAAAACAGAAAAACUGUUAUCAUUCAGAUAUUAGAAGAUUAAGCCAUAUGAAAAAAGUUACUAUCAGAAUGUCCAAUGAUCAACUGUCUCUCCUUGAUGCCAUAGCAAGAAAUGAUGUAGAAACUGUUAACUUGUUUAUUUUUGGACAUCAGAUUUGUCCUGACUAUGUUUUUAAUGGGCGUAGUCCAGUAGUUGUAGCAGCAUCUUAUGGUAGAGAAGAAAUACUUGAUAUUUUAAUACAAUGUAAAUGUGAUUUAAACUUACCUGAUUUUACUGAUGAAACUUGGAGGAAGCAUCCAAUACACAUUGCUGCGGCCAAAGGCUUCCUAGGAUUUGUGAAAAAGUUAGUUAACAAUGGUGUCAAUGUUAGUAGUUUGGAUUUAGAAGAGAAAACAGCCCUGCACUGGGCAGCAUCAUUUGGUCAUGUCAGUGUUAUAGAUUACUUGAUCUCAGCCGGUGCCUCUGUCAAUGCCACUCAGGUAGAUGGAUUUACUCCGUUACAUUGUGCUGCAGCACUGGAUCAUGAUGAGGCUUGUAAAAUUAUCAUAGAGAAUGAUGCAGAACUGAAUGCUAUAGAUGAUGAUGGAUGGACCCCAGUACACCAUGCAGCAGCAUAUGGACAUUUCUCUGUCGUCAAAACUUUACAUGAAGCUGGAGCUUCCCUAUUAUUGAAAACACCUAUAAAUGACAAUACUUUACAUAUAUCAUCAUACACGUCUACAAAAUAUAAAGUUGACAUUUUGAGAUAUCUAGUUCAAUGCAAAGUUCCAUUGAAUGAUAGAGAUGGUUAUGGAAAUACAGCUUUACAUAUAGCAUCCAUGUACACAUAACCUUUAUGACAAUGCAAAAUGUUUAAUUGAGUUAGGGGCAGAGUUAGACACAUGUGAUGACUAUGAUGAUUCUCCUCUGUUAAGUGCUGCAUGUGCCUAUGACAAUCACAAUAUUGUAUAUCUGUUGAUAAAAUCUGGGUACAACUGUAGUAAAGAAAUGUGGAUACAUGAAGAACGAUUUCCACUAGCUCUAGCAAAUGAUUUAUCUCUGGUAUCGACACUGAAAUAUUAUGCAUCAUUUCCGAGAUCACUUCAGGAACUGUGCUGUUUUUGUGUAUUAAGACAUAUGGGCCAGCAGUCCAACUCUAAAAUAAACAGUUUACCUAUCCCUGAAUCUUUAAAAUUACAGUUAAAGGAUAUAAUAAAAUAAUUGCAGGUUU